AUGUCUGGUGUGCGAUGGUGGUUUUUGUUGCUUUUCUUGUUGUCGCUGCAGCCAAAAGCUGAUCAGGCAAAACAAAGAGACGAGUUAGACGGGUGCUCGUGGUGUAGCAAGAACAACACCAUUGAGAAUGUCGGUGGGGUUAUUCGUUAUGCUGGCACCCGAGUCGGAAAGGAGCAGAAGAUCGCCAUGAAAAUUGCAAUAAAAGCUUUUUAUCGCUCGAAUCUUUCUGAUUACCUCCGUCUCAAGUUUGCUGAUCCGCUUGGCACUCCAGCUAGUGCAGCUUCAGCUGCAAUUCAACUGAUCGGUAGAAACCAUGUGCAAGUCAUCAUCGGAACCAUAACAAUGCUAGAAGCAGCCCUAAUCUACAAUUUAGAUAGUACCACUGAAGAUAUCCCGAUCAUCUCUUUAACUUCACUUCCCACAACCCCACACUUAAUGCCAAAUCCAUCUCCUUUAUUCCUCCAAUUUUCCAAUGAUGUAUCUAUUCACAUGCAAUGUUUAGCUGCCAUUGUUGGCAACUUCAAGUGGCGAAAGGUGACAACAAUCUACCAACAACAAGAUGGUCUCUCUAUUGAUUCUGGUCUCUUGAUCCUCCUUUCGGAUUCACUUCGUAAAGUUGAUUCAGAGAUUGACACACAUUUAACCUUCCCACCUUUAUCUCUCUCUGACCCGAAAAAUAUUGCCAUAGAAAGAGAGCUUAAGAAGUUAAAAAGCAAGAGCAAUAGGAUUUUUAUUAUUCUACGAUCUUCUUUAGAGUUUGCUAUCUUGCUUUUUGAGAAGGCAAAACAAAUGCAAAUGGUAGAAAAAGACUAUGUAUGGAUCAUCACAGAUGAAGUAACAAGUCUUCUUGAAUCUAUCGAGUCCUCUAUAUUGUACAACAUGCAGGGCAUACUUGGCUUUAAAACCAGCUUUAUAGACUCUACUAGGUCUUAUAGAGAAUUUAAGACUAAGUUUCGAAAAAAGUACGAGUUAAAAUAUCCAAAGGAAGAGUAUUUAAACCCUAGUAUUUUUGCAUUACGAGCUUAUGAUGCAAUGUGGGCGGUAGCUAAAGCCAAGGAGAAAUCACAUGAUAGUGGCAUACAAAUGAUAGAUCCAAAGGGUUGGAGUUGCAAUGACAGAGAUACAAGAUUAAAGAUAGGAAUUCCAACAAAGAGUGCUUUUUAUCAAUUUGUGAGUGUUAGCCAAGACAAGAACGAGAAUAGGUCAACCCAUGCCACUGGGUUUUCAAUUCAAGUGUUUGAAGCAGUUGUCAAUCGUCUAUCUUAUCACUUGUCUUAUGAUUUUGUUCCAUCCAAUGAUUCAUAUGAUGACAUUAUCCAACAAGUCUCUCAAAAGGUAUUAGACGGAGCAAUAGGUGACAUCUCAAUAAUCUCAGAUAGGUAUCAACAUGUAGAGUUUUCGCAGCCGUACAUGGAAUCAAGAGUUGUGAUGGCUUUGUUAUUUGGUUAA